GCUGCAGAAAUUCGAGCUUCGAAUCGCUAGCGUUAACUGUCUGGGCUGAAAAGGGGUGAAUAUCAUCCUAAGAAUAACUAAUUCGGUGGAUCGUGAUGGCUGCGGAUGAUCAGGAAUAUUAUGGCUACUACUAUGACACCGAGGAAGAUAGAGGGUUGCUUGAUCCUGCAUGGGAAAGGCAACAAAAAAAGACUUUUACAGCAUGGUGUAAUUCUCAUUUAAGAAAAUUAAACAAGCAGAUUUCGGAAAUCGAGGUCGACUUUCACGAUGGUUUGUUGCUGAUGGCAUUGUUAGAGGUAAUAUCAGGAGAAAGACUUCCCAAACCCGAGAAAGGACGAUUGCGGUUUCAUAAGAUUGCCAACGUCAAUAAAGCCUUAGAUUUUGUGGCUGGCAAAGGAGUGAAACUGGUGUCCAUUGGUGCGGAAGAAAUCGUGGAUGGCAACCUCAAAAUGACACUUGGAAUGAUAUGGACGAUAAUCCUGCGGUUUGCGAUCCAAGAUAUAGCUGUAGAAGAAUCGUUUGCAAAGGACGGCCUGUUACUCUGGUGUCAGCGGAAAACAGCCCCAUAUAAAAAUGUCAACGUGCAGAACUUUCACACAAGCUUUAAAGAUGGAUUGGCAUUUUGUGCUCUUAUUCAUCGACAUCGGCCGGACCUCAUUGAUUAUAAUUCUCUGAGCAAGGAGACUCCAUUGGAAAACUUGAAUUAUGCCUUUGAUGUUGCUGAGAAACAUUUGGACAUUCCAAGAAUGCUUGAUGCAGAAGACAUGGUGAACACUGCCAAGCCUGAUGAAAGAGCUGUUAUGACUUACGUGUCUUCUUACUAUCAUGCAUUUACAAGCUCACAAAAGGCUGACACUGCAGCCAAGCGUAUUGGCAAGGUACUAACAAUCAACAGAGACAAUGAGAAGAUGAUGGAGGACUAUGAAAAAAUGGCCAGUGAUCUCCUUGAUUGGAUCAACAAAACUUUGCCCUGGCUCAAAGACAGAAACAGUGAUGGCACAUUGGAUGAUAUGCAGAAAAAGCUUGAUGCCCUUCGAGUGUACCGAAGAAGUGAAAAGCCUCCCAGAGUGGAAGAGAAAGGCAUGUUGGAGACAAAUUUUAACACGUUGCAGACCAAGCUUCGACUUGGAAAUCGACCUGCUUACCUCCCAACAGAGGGCAAAAUGAUUAGUGACAUCAACAGAGCCUGGGGAAACUUAGAAGGCGCAGAAAAAGAUUUUGAAGACUGGUUGCUGAAGGAAAUGAGAAGAAUGGAACGACUUGAUCAUUUGGCAGAAAAAUUCAAGCACAAAUGCAACAUUCAUGAAGCUUGGACAACUGGCAAAACUGACAUGUUAAACAAAGAUGAUUAUGAAAAAGCCACACUGGCUGAUGUUCUGGCCUUGAAGAAAAAACAUGAAGCAUUCGAAAGUGAUCUAGCAGCUCAUCAAGACAGAGUGGAGCAAAUUGUGGCAAUUGCCCAGGAGCUUAAUGAACUGGGUUACAGUGAUGUUGGUUCUGUCAAUGCAAGAUGCCAGACAAUCUGUGAUGAAUGGAAAGAUCUUGGGCAGCUAACAGAAGAUCGGCGACAUAAACUUGAGACACGUGAAGUAAUAUUACAGAAACUGGACUCCUUCCUGUUAGAGUUUGCAAAGAGAGCAGCGCUGUUCAAUAACUGGCUGGAAAGUGCACGGGAAGAUUUAAUGGAUAUGUUCAGCGUACAUACUGUUGAAGAGAUUGUGGAACUGAAAGAUGCUCACCAGGUGUUCAAGGACAAUAUGCCAGCUGCACAACAGGAAUAUGAUGCUAUUAUGAGCAUUAAUACUGAAAUUGAAAACAUAAGUGUCCAGGAAAACCCUUACACUAGUCUUACUAAAGAGGAAAUUUCUCUGACAUGGAGUGAAGUCAUAAGCCUGAUUCCCAAGAGAGAUGAGCUUCUUGAAAAUGAAAAAGGCAGACAGGAACGAAAUGAGAGACUUCGUGUAGAGUUUGCACAAAAGGCUAAUUCAGUUGGACCGUCAAUCAAGGACUAUGAGGAAAAGUUACGCUCUAUUGCUUUGAAAAUGCAAGGACCCCUGGAGGAACAACUGAAAGCUGUCCAAGGGCUUGAACGAGAUGUUGCUGGCUACAAACCUCAAAUGGAUGAACUAGAGUUGGUGCACCAAGAUGUCCAAGAAGCACUAAUCUUUGAAAACCCCCACACAGAAUUCACAAUGGAAGCUCUCCGAGUGAACUGGGAACAACUGCUGACUGCCAUUGCGAGAAACAUCAAUGAAGUUGAAAACCAGAUUCUUAUGAGGGAUUCUAAAGGCAUCUCUGACGACCAGAUGAAGGAAUUCCGUAACUCGUUCAACUUCUUUGACAAAGAUGAAAAUAUGCGACUUGAGCCUCACGAAUUCAAACAAUGCUUGGUUAGUUUAGGAUACAACCUGAAGGAAGGAGACAAGGUUUGUUAAUUAGACUAACGUGUCAUG